AUGCUCUCGUCUACUCUCCUCGCCGUGCUUGGUGCCUCUCUAGCUCAAGCAACAACACCAUGGCCAGCGAACGUGCCUCAGCCAGCCGUCACAUACUGCACCAGCACGCUCACGGUGCCCUAUUCAACACCCUGCACGCCGCAAUGCGUCACGACCGUUACCAAGACGGCCGAAACGACGAGUUUGGACUGUGCUGGUUGCAGGUACUUGGCGACUUCGACGUCGCCGCCUGAGGAUGGGCUUGGUUGUCCGAUUGCGGCGUGUGCGGCGCCGAUUCCGACGUUUUGGGAGAAUGUCAAUACGACUACGAGUACGGUCUGUCAUGAGACGACGCCGUGGCCGGGGGCGGGGCCGAGUAAGAAGUAG